AUGCGGCAAUCACUCGUCUGGGUGCUCCUGCUUUGGCAGGCGAGCUCCGGACUCUGUACAAACGCGAAGUACUAUCAAGAAACCUACACGGAAACUCCACCGUUCCAGAGAGGUGGCCAUAAUAAGCAUGUCGCGGCUCCAAAGACAGAUGUCAUGGUGGACCAGGGCCGUCACAACGGUCCUCAACCUGGCGCGGACCUUGUCAAUGCCGCCAUGAUCGAGCUCGGGAAGACUCCCCAAUCAUUGCAUAAACGGAAACGACGACCAUCGGGCCUUGUUGGAACGGUUAUGCGCUACAUUCUCAAGGCGAUCCCCCACGGCCCAGCAACUGCGCCAUCGCAGUCGCAUGACGCCAAAAUCAGUGGCCAUCUCCUGGAAGCUGUUCAGCUUCUUGAGCAGGCGGCACAACAGAAUAAUUCAGACGCUCUCUACCUCCUCGCUCAGAUGAACUUCUUCGGCAACUACAGCCACCCCAAGAACCUGCACGUCGCCUUCAACCAUUACCAGCAGCUUGCCACCGUGCAUGGAAACUCGACAGCGCAGUACAUGCUGGGUGUCUACUACUCGACUGGACUUGGAUGGGCGGUGCCCCGCGACCAGGCCAAAGCGCUCCUCUACUACACUUUUGCUGCCCUACAAGGAGACGUUCGGGCUGAAAUGGCGACAGCAUUCCGACACAACGGUGGAAUUGGAACAACUAAGAAUUGCGAAGCCGCCGUCAAAUACUACAAGAGUGUGGCAGACAAGGUCAUUGCGUGGUAUCGAGCUGGCCCUCCAGGAGGCAGGUCUUGGGUCCAUCAGGCAUGGCGCAUUUCGGAUGACGACGGUGGCAUUUAUGGCGAAGGAGCGAGUGCCUCGAGCGCCGGCAUGAAUGCUCUCAAGGCGAACCCUGCAUCUGAUGCGAACGCAGCCAUUGACGACGUCAUUGAAUACUUGGACCUCAUGUCUCAAAAGGGAGACUCCAAAGCAUCAUACAACCUGGGAAGAAUAUACUACGAGGGCCAGCGUGGUCUCGAUCGAAACCUCCCCCAGGCUCGGAAGUACUUCUUCCUAGUGGCAUCACGAUACUGGAAGAGGGAUGGUCGCGUCCUAGAGAACUAUAAGGCAGGGAUCGAGUCUUUCGCUUCCAAGGCUGCCGGAUAUCUCGGUCGGAUGUACCUGAGAGGCGAUGGUGUCGCCCAAAAUUUUGAGCGGGCGAAAUUGUGGUUCGAACGUGGCAUCUUUCACGGAGACGCACAGUCCCAACAUGGACUCGGCUUGAUGAACCUCAAUGGCUACGGCCAGAAGGAGAAUGUCAAGUUUGCCAUGGAGCUGUUCAAGAAGUCAGCCGACCAAGACUAUGCCCCGGCGCUGGUUCAGAUGGGGCAGCUGUAUCUGGAUCAAGGUGGCCAAGAGGAUGUCAGGGUCGCGAACAACUAUUUCGAACUGGCGAGCCGUCAUAGCAACAUUGAAGCUCACUACUACAUUGGCGAACUGAUCCACCACGGCGUUGGCCGAGAGAAGCUCUGCGGUGCGUCACUGAGCUAUUACAAGAGUGUUGCGGAGAAGGCCGAGCCCUUGGUCUCAUCCUGGGGCGACGCCAACGAUGCAUAUGAGGCCGGCGAUUACGAGCUUGCUUUCCUCGAAUACCUCAUGGCGGCUGAGCAGGGAUAUGAAAAGGCCCAAACCAACGUCGCAUACAUGCUGGACUCUGUUCAGUCUCGGUUGCCUCUGUCGUCGUGGCUCCAGAAGCCCUUAGAACCGAACAACCUCCUGGAUAACCCGUCGCUUGCCCUCAUCUACUGGACACGGUCAUCGAGACAAUCCAACGUGGAUUCGCUCGUCAAGAUGGGCGACUACUACUACUAUGGUGUUGGGGCCAAGCAGGAUAUUGCCAGGGCUGUCCAGUGCUACACUGGAGCCUCUGACUACGCUCAGAGCGCCCAGGCCCUGUUCAAUCUCGGAUGGAUGCACGAGAACGGCAUUGGGCUGGUGCAGGAUUUCCACCUCGCUAAGAGAUACUACGACCAUGCGUUGGAAGUGAAUGAGGAGGCUUACCUCCCGGUCACACUAAGUCUCCUCAAGCUUCGACUCCGGAGUGCUUGGAAUACCCUGACACAUGGACCAAUCCAUUCCAUUCAGGACGAGCCGAAACCAAAGAAGGUCCGGUCUCUCUCCGAGUGGAUUGCCAACUUCCUCCAAGACAACACUCUUCAUUACGAGGACGAGUUUUACAACGCCGAGGGUCUGUACGACGAUACGCUUGCCAGCGGUGAUGUCUUGAAUGAGGAUGAUGGGAUCGUUGAGAGCUUCCUGAUCAUCGGAAUCACCUUGUGCCUUGUGCUUCUCCUCUGGUGGCGACAGCGUUUACAGCAGGUACACAUGCAAGAAGAGGAUAACCGACGACGAGAACAAGGACUCCCACCGAAUCCAGCGCGUGAAAACGCAGCAGGGGAAGGGUUUGCAGAGUGGGCUGCUGGAGGAGGAGGGCUGUUGUAA